GGAUGGCCGGAAGCUCGUCGGGGGCGUCUCCCUGAUGAAGGAGACCAGAGACAUGGAGGCUUCAGAGAGGGAGUUCACAGCCUCCCGCAACAGAUAGUUAAGCUUUGAAUUAGACGCCUUUCAAGGGGAGAAAAAGAAAACUGGAGCUGCCAGCUUGAUUCUAAAGAUUUUGACACUUGUCUGUGUGUUGAAGAGUAGACGUGCUUGGAGCUCUGGACUGUGCCUUGAACCUUACACAAGAUUAUAUUGGGAUAAUGAUAACUAAUACUAUUAUGAGUACUUCAAAAAGUUCAGCUGUCUCUCUCUUUUUAUGAUGGCUAAUAUCAGUGAUGAAAGGUCAACCAGGUUGUCAUGACAGCCCCCGCCUUCUGUUUUGAGGGGAAACACUCAGCUCCUAAAUUUUUUGUUGGCUGUGAGGAGGAUGAAACUGAUGAUCUGGGAUCAAACAUGAAGGCAGAACACCUUGACCUUUACGACGAAGCGAAUGAUUCCGAUUCGCCUCCAGAGCGACAGAUCCUGGUGGGGAUUUGUGCAAUGGCGAAGAAAUCUAAAUCCAAGCCAAUGACCCAGAUUCUGGAGCGUUUGUGUAAAUUUGAGUACAUCACGGUGGUUAUAUUUAAUGAAGACGUUAUUCUGAAUGAACCCGUGGAGAACUGGCCGGUGUGCGACUGUCUUAUUUCCUUUCAUUCCAAAGGUUUUCCUCUAGAUAAGGCAGUGGCUUAUGCCAAACUCAGGAAUCCAGUUCUCAUAAAUGACUUGAACAUGCAGUAUUACAUUCAGGACAGAAGGGAAGUUUAUCGCAUUUUGCAGGAAGAAGGGAUUGACCUUCCUCGCUAUGCAGUGUUGAAUCGUGAUCCUGACAAGCCUGAUGAAUGUAGUCUGGUGGAGGGUGACGAUCAUGUGGAGGUAAAUGGAGAAGUCUUCCAGAAACCUUUUGUGGAGAAACCUGUGAGUGCAGAAGACCAUAAUGUGUACAUUUACUACCCAACAUCAGCAGGAGGAGGGAGCCAGAGGCUUUUCCGUAAGAUCGGGAGUCGGAGCAGUGUGUACUCACCUGAAAGCACUGUGCGCAAGACCGGAUCCUACAUCUAUGAAGAAUUCAUGCCGACAGAUGGAACCGAUGUAAAGGUCUAUACUGUUGGUCCUGAUUAUGCCCACGCUGAAGCACGCAAAUCCCCGGCUCUAGAUGGAAAAGUAGAGCGAGACAGUGAAGGGAAAGAGAUCCGAUAUCCUGUGAUGUUGACUGCCAUGGAAAAGCUUGUUGCCAGGAAAGUCUGUGUUGCUUUUAAGCAAACUGUUUGUGGUUUUGAUCUACUGCGUGCAAACGGGCACUCCUACGUGUGUGAUGUCAAUGGAUUCAGCUUUGUGAAAAACUCCAUGAAAUACUAUGAUGAUUGUGCAAAAAUACUGGGCAACAUCAUUAUGCGGGAACUGGCUCCUCAGUUACAAAUACCGUGGUCCAUACCUACAGAAGCUGAAGAUAUUCCCAUUGUUCCAACUACAUCGGGUACCAUGAUGGAGCUUCGCUGUGUGAUUGCGGUCAUUCGACAUGGGGACCGAACUCCAAAGCAGAAGAUGAAGAUGGAAGUCAGGCAUCCAAAGUUCUUUGACUUGUUCGAGAAAUAUGAAGGCUAUAAGUCUGGAAAAUUGAAACUGAAGAAACCCAAACAACUUCAGGAAGUGCUGGACAUUACACGGGAUCUUCUGGGUGAACUGGGGCAGCAUAAUGACUGUGAAAUAGAGGAAAAGAAAUCAAAGCUGGAGCAGCUAAAGACUGUCCUUGAAAUGUACGGCCACUUUUCUGGAAUAAACAGGAAAGUACAGAUGACAUAUUUGCCUCAUGGACAACCUAAAACAUCCAGUGAGGAAGAAGACUCCAGGAGAGAGGACCCAUCACUCCUUUUGGUGUUGAAGUGGGGAGGCGAGCUGACUCCAGCGGGGAGAGUGCAAGCAGAGGAGUUGGGACGUGCGUUCAGAUGCAUGUACCCUGGUGGCCAAGAUGAUAGCGACACUGGUUUGAGCUGUGAAUCUCCCACUGGCCGUGGUGACUAUGCAGGGUUUCCUGGUUGUGGGUUACUUCGUCUGCACAGCACUUACAGACACGACUUGAAAAUCUAUGCAUCUGAUGAGGGCAGAGUGCAGAUGACGGCAGCAGCUUUUGCUAAGGGCCUCCUGGCACUGGAAGGCGAACUGACUCCCAUUCUUGUACAAAUGGUGAAAAGUGCCAACAUGAAUGGUCUUCUGGACAGCAACAGCGAUUCUCUAAGCAGCUGCCAGCACCGUGUCAAAGCGAGGCUCCAUGAGAUCAUGCAAAAGGAUCAGGAAUUCACUGAGGAGGACUACGCAAAGCUGGCUCCUACUGGCAGCUCCUCUCUUCUUAACUCCAUGAAAUUGAUUAAAAAUCCUGUAAAGACCUGCGACCGAGUUUACUCCCUGAUCCAGAGCCUGAUCUCCCAGAUCAAGAAAAGAUUGGAAGACCCCAAAUCAGCAAACCUUCAGCUGUAUCACAGUGAGACCUUGGAGCUGAUGCUUCAGCGAUGGUCAAAACUGGAGCGAGAUUUCCGUAUGAAAAGUGGCCGCUACGAUAUCAGCAAAAUCCCAGACAUCUACGACUGCAUUAAAUAUGACGUCCAACACAACAGUGCCUUGAAGCUUGAGGAUACCAUGGAACUCUUCAAGCUCUCCAAAGCCCUUGCAGACAUCAUCAUCCCUCAGGAAUAUGGAAUUGGCAAAGAGGAGAAGCUGGAUAUCGCCUAUGCUUACUGCCAGCCACUGAUUGAGAAGAUGCAGCUGGAUUUACAGCGAACACAUGAGGAUGAAUCUGUGAAUAAACUUCACCCGCUGUAUUCCAGAGGAGUCAUGUCUCCUGGCCGCCAUGUCCGAACACGGUUAUAUUUUACAAGCGAAAGCCACGUCCAUUCUUUGCUAAGCCUUUUUCGUUACGCUGGUCUUUUAGAUGAACUGAAGGAUCAGCAAUGGAAAAGAGCCAUGGACUAUCUUGGAGCUGUCUCGGAACUAAACUACAUGACCCAGAUUGUUAUUAUGUUGUAUGAGGAUAAUAAUAAGGAUCCGUCUUCUGAAGAGCGUUUUCAUGUGGAGUUCCAUUUCAGUCCUGGAGCGAAAGGUUGUGAAGAAGAUGAAAACGCUCCCACAGGUUCUGGAUUUCGUCCAGCAUCAGCAGAGAAUGAAGGUGGCUCAAAAACUGAUCAGGGAAGUAUGGAAGAUCUCUCAGAGACCAGGAGCAAUGAAGAGGUAGACAGAUUCCUUCCAAACUUCCCUCAGGCGAUUGAGCCCUUCCACAUUCACCGGAGACCUGCAUUGACCAAAACCAGGAAGAUGGGCUCCAUGGAGGGAGUCGACACUAAGAGUAUGUCAAAUCCCGAGUCUAGUGAAACGUGGAUGAACUGGGUGACUGGCUCUCACGUGGCCCGCCGUAGAUGCAGAUCAGGCGAACCACAGCAAUCUUUGGCUGUCCCUUCCAGUAAUAUACCUUCAUGGCAGCAGUUAUUAUCUGAAAGUUCAACCAAACCUGGUGGAUGUCGUCUUCUGGUGCCUCUAUAUUCCAGACAAUCCACUGAGAUGAAGCAAAGUGGUUUGGGUUCCCAGUGUGCUGGUUUGUUCAGUACUACAGUACUUGGUGGGUCAUCAAGUGCCCCUAACCUGCAGGACUACGCCCGUUCUCAUCGCAAAAAGCUGAGUGGUUCCAGCUAUUUUUCCCAGAAAGAUGAAAUGUUAUCUAUGCCAGCCGUUAAAAGAUUUUCUGUCUCGUUUGCAAAGCAUCCGACUAAUGACCUGCUUGGUGAUCAUCACGUGGCCCAGUUGCUAAGACGGUGUUCAGCCGACAACAGCUUUUCCCAGAACUUUGCCCUUGAUGGUGCCUUGGCCCGGCACCUCCACCAGUGCUCGUACCACCUCCGCCUCUUCAAGAACUGGCUGAUCUCUGGGCAGGAUGACUUUGACUGCCUCUACGGUUUUGAAGGAUGCUCCAUGGUGCCUUCCAUCUACCCUCUGGAAACACUCCAUAAUUCUCUCUCCCUGAAGCAGGUGGAUGAAUUUCUCUCGUCCAUUUCAAAAAUUUGUAGCAUGAAUCGCACUGGAUCAUCAACAGCACUUUCAUCUAUGUUUGAGACCAUGGGAAGUAGCCAGCCUGUGGUAGAUGCCUACAUACCUCAGCAAGUCCUAUCCUCAUCGGUUGCCUCCUUAUCAUUGCGUCCUCGCUCCGAAAAACCUGCAUGGUAUAGCAGUGGUCCCUCAAGCACUGUGUCAAGUGCUGGCCCGUCAUCUCCCAACACGUCUGACAAUUCCCCGAGAUUUAGCUUCAGUGAGAAGUCAUCACUUACAUCUCAGAGUAGUGAAGAACAGCAGCACUGUGGUCAGCAAAAUACUCCAAGUCUACAGAGUCAAUCAACACCAAGCAUCCAGGGCAGCCAGAGCCAAACCACACAAGGCAUCCAGAGCCAGCCAGUAACUCCGAGCCUGAACCAACCUAAACACCGUGCUCAGGUCAUCCACAGCCAAGCAGUAACUUCUAGCCCGAGCCAACCAACACUUGACACUCAGGACAACCGGAGACAUUCAGUAACUCUAAGCCAGAGCCAACCAACACAUGGUAUGCAGGGCAGCCUGAGCCAACCAGUAACUCCGAGUCAGAGUGGUAAAAAUCAACAAGGUGUUCAACCCAGCCAGGAGCAACAAUUUACUGAAAGCCAACACCUGAGCCACAGCCAACCAACACAAGGCCUUAAUGAAAGCAAGACGCAACAAGUUACUCAAGAUCAACAGCUCGACCAGACUUGCAAGGACCCACAGUCAUUGCCAGAUGUUCAGAUAGGUUCAACGAGUAGUGAAAGGCCUAGUGGAGAUCCAGCAUUCACACCAGCAGAUACUUUUUCAGUUACGCACCACCAAUUGUAAUGAAUUAAUAGUUUACCAGAGAGAGCAUUGGUGUACAUUUUAUAUUUAGUAUCCAGUGGUAUAGAUCUGGUAUUGGUACCACUGAAACGAUUGACACUGAAGUAUGCCAUUUGCACUCUCCUGAUUAGAUCUAAUCAAGUAUGGCUGUGAACUUAUACCUCUGACCUUGUGGUUUGUUUCAGUCUGGUAUUGGAAUAUAUUGGAAUAUGUAGGUGUAUCUGUAACUUGCAAGUCCCCAACUUAUGCCCUUAUCUGCACACAGAAAACUAUUUCUUUAUCCAAUAUAUUUUGUAAGUUUUACAUAAUUAUUUAAUGAUGGUAUUGUGCAAAUCUGAGAUGAGUUAAACCUUGAGAUUAGAAGAACUACUGUAUCAGAAUAUUUUAAUCUAUUUCUUUUCUAAUUAUAUUCUACAAAAAAUUACUAAUCACAGCAAAAUAUGAAUACGUGAUGUGUGUGUCUAUAAUAAAGUGAACCAUUCAAAUUAAGUAUGAAAGAUUUGUAGCCAAAUUAAGGUGAGGUUAGUAACUCAAUGUUGCAUUGGUUUGGUGCAUGUUUAUUGAACAAGAUGUGGGUGAAAGUGUUGGACAAUGGAAUAUUCUUCCAUUUUGCACACAUGAUCAGGCACACUGUGGCUUGUGUGUGAUGAGACAUCAUACCUGAGUGGUCAUAAAUAAUUUCAUAAAGAGCAAUAACUGAAAAAUACACUGAAUUUUUUGCAUUUCGUUGCUGAAGACUUAUUUUAAAAUGUGUUUUGGGACAAGUACUGUCAAUAUAUAUUGAAUUGAUUGUGACAGUAAUUAUCUCACAGACAGACCACCAUUUACCACCUCACGUGUGCUCUUAGAGAUGGAGCAGCACAAAUUACCCAUAAUAAUAAAAAAAUCACUGCAACGCAUUUCCUCCAGUAUGCUCCUGAGCAAAGAAUUAACACCACUACUGAUUACAAUAUUGGGUUUGUGUACAGCCAAGGUGUCGUGUGAGAUCAAUUCUGGUUUUAGCAGCCCUAGAACACAUGAUGAUAGUUGAAAACUUCCAGUAACUGCAUUCUUUAAAAAAAAGUUUAUCAUUGGAUCACUUUAUUUGAUACAAAUUGCAGUUCGCGUUGAUCAGUGACAUUCGAUGUGGAUGUAUAACUAAAUUUGAUGAGCUGACAAAGAUCCUGCACUGGAUCCGUUCACGCAGCAGGUACAAAUGAAAUACUACAAAAUAUAUGUGGUGUUUAUACAUACAUAUUUGGACAGUAAGAACACAUGAGAGUUUUUGUUUCCAGUGAUGAAAUGCACAUUGUUCUCAGGCACAACCUGAGCUGAUGUGAAACACACAGCAACAGUUGAGCUGGAUUAUGAGGUGAGGUUUUUCCCACAACGGUAAGAGAUGAUGGCUGCUACACACUUGGCACGAUGGAAAAUUUCAAAGAGACAGCUAAUUGACUAGCAGCCUUAAACUCCCUUGUCGCUAUUUACCAAUUUUGUUUUGCAUUUUU